GAGUCCCUGAGCACCCUUAUUGCCAGGAUUGAGGAGGGCAUGGCCAAGAUCCAAAGAUUGCACCCUCAGGACUCUAGUAAGCCCUACAGUCUUUCCACCCUUGAUGCUGAGCUGGUGUCUAUGGCCAUGAUCCAUGCUUUUGGCGAAGACUAUGCCCAAUUUGCAUCUAGCCUGAUCCUCCUCAAGUCCUUGGACAAGAAGGAACUCAAGGCCGCCUUCCUUACUGAGGAAACCCAGCACUGUCGACGUGCUGAUGCCCUCAGAGCAUCCUCUAGUGAUUCUGCCCUUGUCUCUGCCACUGGGGUGCCGCCUAGUAGCUGUAAGUGCGGUGCUAAUGCUGUCUGUGACUUCUGUGAGAAGGCAGACCAUUGUGUCCACCAGUGCUUUGCCAUGCAGCACGCCAGAGAGGUGCACAAGACUAGGCAGGCAUCCAAUCAGCCUGGCAAGUCAGGCAGGAGGUCUAGGAAUGCUGACAAGGCCUCUGAGGUGUCCUCUACCAUGUCCCAGCCCUCCCCUGGGUCCAAUGCCUCAUCCAAUGCGUCCUCCAGUGUCCCUGCAUCUGCA